AUGUUUAUACUGACAGCCCAUACGGCACUGGGAGCCAAGAUAUCGAAAAAGCCUAAGGAGCCGAUUAAGUGUGAUGUGGAAAGCCGUAAGAAAGCCGAUGCCUGUGCCGACAAACUAUGGUUUGUGGGCCGGAAUUCCCGCAAAUACCCCGAAACGAGUCAACAAAUGCAGAAACACUGCAAACAGACCAACGCAUUGAUCCGAUGCGCCAAAGACUACACCGACUCGUGUGCUAAAGGGGUUCAGAAACAGUUGGCAAAUGUCAUGCUAUUUACGGCCAAAACCAACCAAAAGAGCUACUGUUCCAAGGCGUCCAAACGCGAGGAAGUCCUAUCGUUUGCCUCGUGCGGUAACGCCAUUAGGGACCCCUCCAGCACCUGUAUGGACACCUUUCUGGUAAACCUGGGUAAAGCCAACGCCAUGGAGUCCAAGUUUAAAGUGCCGCACGCGUGCUGUGCUUUCCACGGACUGAAGUCGUGUAUAAUGAGGGCGGCCCGGGAUAAGGGGUCACCCGAUUGUGUGGACAAGAAAAUGGAGAAUUACGAGAAGUAUAUCAACGCAAUGGCCGGCAAUACACUGAACCUCAUGUGCACCGACUAUGAGGAGGACUCCGACAAGUGCUCCAAACUACCGCCUUUGCCUACCGGCGCUAAGUAUUCAAAAGCGCCGACUAUUAUGGUGGGCUUCGGCAACCUACUAACCAAUCUCUAACUUAAUUAUGUGUUUUUUGUAACGAUUUUUUGAUUAUUUUUGGUUAUUUUAUUAUAACUAAUAAUUUGCUCGUGGUUCAUUCAGUCAUAUAUAAAAGCCACAUUUGAUUUGUAUUAUAAAAAGCAUGUAUACAUCAUUUUCCCAUUAUGUAAUUUAUUAUAAAAUUUUUUCUAAAUAUAGAAAGACAAUUUUUAAAAUAAAUUUUUAAUACUUGUAACUUUAUUUUUUAAACAUGUUUUAUACAUAUGUAAUAUUAAUAACCAACCUGGAAUAUUACUUAAAUACUCGCACAAAUAAUAGUAUUAAAUUAACAAAUUUGCACAAC